CAUCGCGAGACUGUUCUGGCCCUCCACGGCUCCCGGCUUCCCAACCGCCCGCGUCCGUCCGCGGCUAGGCAGCAGUGGGGGAUGGCGAGCCGCGGAGCCAGAGUGUUGACGAGCUCUGCGGCUCCGUCAUUGGGCGAGGAAGCCUGAGGGUCGGUCGGGCUGGCCAGGUGCGUAAGGACACCGGAACCUGCAGCCCUGGCAGAACGAAGGCAAUGGAGGCCAACGUGCCGAAGCGGAAGGAGCCCGCCAAGUCUCUCCGCAUCAAAGUCAUCUCCAUGGGCAAUGCCGAAGUAGGGAAAAGCUGUAUUAUAAAGCGCUACUGUGAGAAGAGAUUUGUGCCUAAAUACCUGGCAACAAUCGGAAUUGACUAUGGAGUCACAAAGGUCCAAGUCAGAGACAGAGAAAUCAAAGUUAACAUCUUCGACAUGGCUGGACACCCCUUCUUCUAUGAGGUCCGAAAUGAAUUUUACAAGGACACACAAGGUGUGAUACUGGUCUAUGAUGUUGGGCAGAAAGACUCGUUUGACGCCCUUGAUUCAUGGCUGGAAGAGAUGAAGCAGGAGCUUGGGCCUCAUGGAAACAUGGACAGCAUUGUCUUUGUCGUAUGUGCCAACAAGAUCGACUGCACCAAACAUCGCUGCAUCGAUGAAAGUGACGGGCGUCUUUGGGCUGAAAGCAAAGGGUUCCUGUACUUUGAAACAUCAGCACAAACUGGAGAGGGAAUCAAUGAGAUGUUCCAGACCUUUUACACGUCCAUAGUUGACCUGUGUGAAAAUGGUGGGAAACGUCCUGCCGCAAGUAGCAGUGCUAGUUUCACCAAAGAGCAAGCAGACACCAUUCGCAGAAUCCGAAAUAGCAAGGACAGCUGGGGCAUGCUGGGAGUCAGACCUGGGGCCUCAAGGGAGGAAGUCAAUAAGGCCUACCGGAAGUUGGCUGUGCUGCUUCACCCCGACAAGUGCGUAGCACCUGGCAGUGAAGACGCCUUCAAAGCAGUUGUGAAUGCCCGGACAGCCCUCCUGAAGAACAUCAAGUAGAAGGCAGAGAAGGUGACGGGUGCGCUCAAACGCAAACACACUCUCCUUGAGGUGAAAUAACCAACAUGGAUUUUUCCUUCACAAACGUGCACUGUCUUGUUCCCUCAUGUGCUGCCAUUUGUAAGUUAGUACCAUGCUGUGGGCGUCUCUCAGCAAGAUGACUUGCUUUUGUGUGUGAGAGAGACCCACAUAUCUCACACACCUCAUUUCUCACUGAGAGAUAACUCAGUGUCUGUU